CUUGCCCGGCGCGCGCAGGCGCCAGGAGGACGCAGCUCCAGGUCCGGUCUGGGGGUGUUCGAGCUGCUGCGGCGCGAGAGAGGAGUGGCCGGAACUGCUUGAAUAUUCACGUUUCAGUUUCUGUGGUUAUCGAAAGUUUUAAUUCAUCAUGGAUAAUCUGUCAUCAGAAGAAAUUCAGCUGCGAGCCCACCAGGUUACUGAUGAGUCUCUGGAAAGUACAAGGAGAAUGCUGGGUUUAGUCAUUGAGUCUCAGGAUGCAGGAAUCAAGACUAUCACUAUGCUGGAUGAACAAGGGGAACAACUAAACCGCAUAGAAGAAGGCAUGGACCAAAUAAAUAAAGACAUGAGAGAGGCAGAGAAGACUUUAACAGAACUCAACAAGUGCUGUGGCCUUUGUGUCUGUCCAUGUAAUAGGACAAAGAACUUUGAGUCCAGUAAGGCCUACAAGGCAACAUGGGGAGAUGGUGGAGACAACUCUCCUGGCAAUGUAGUGUCUAAGCAGCCAGGUGGAGUGACAAAUGGUCAGCCUCAACAAGCAGCUACUGGAGCAGCCACCGGUGGAUACAUUAAACGUAUAACUAAUGACGCCAGAGAAGAUGAAAUGGAAGAGAACCUGACUCAAGUGGGCAGUAUCCUAGGAAACCUAAAAAACAUGGCCCUGGACAUGGGCAAUGAGAUUGAGGCUCAAAAUCGACAAAUAGACCGGAUCACAGAAAAGGCUGACACCAACAAAGAUCGUAUUGACAUUGCCAAUGCCAGAGCAAAGAAACUCAUUGACAGCUAAAGCUGCUGCUGUACUUCUUAUCAUUUAUUCACUUCUCUAGCUCCUCCUUCAAAGUCAUGAACUUUUCAGAGUUUGAAGUUUUGGUUCCAUGCUCUUCUAAUCAGGAGAUAAUGUGCAAGAAGGGCUAGGAGUACAGACCCCAACUUUUUAUGUUCUCUUUUCCCUUGAGGGUAGACUACUGCUCAGCCUUCCUUUUAGUAUUUUUUUCCCUGGGUUUAUACUUAGAUUGGUUUUUUACAUCAUAUAUAGUGUUCUUUGUCAUCCUUCCGAUUUACUUCAGCAGGUUCUUCUGCUUUCAAGAUUUGGAAGCAUUGCCAAAGACAGCCAUGAAAAAGGAAGCUGGAAGCAGGGAGGGGGGCAGCAAGGAGGAGAGGCAAGAGAUAAGUUGUUACCUCAGGAAAACCUGCAGGCCACAAAGCAUAAGUUGCAAAGCCACAGUAAAGAUCUAGUUGGGUUUAGUUUUUAACUUAAGGUGCCAUUAUUGCCAAUUAGGCUAAUAAUUGGUUUCAGAGCUUUUAUGCACAAAAUUUGUUAUACAUCACAACUUGGCAACCUCUGUUCUAAAAAAAAUAGAAUGAAUUUUCUUAAAGUGAGCUUAGUUCUGAACCUUCGGUGAUUCAUGUAUGUACAUAGAUACUCUGAUCCCAUUUCAUAUUGUACCAUAUAGGAACACUUUGUGUAAAAGAAUGGCUUUUUAUUUUCACAUUAUUAGUACUGCCAUUGUCCCAUUACGUGCCUAUUAACCUCAUAAAAUUGUCAUUGGUUUUUGAAGAAAAAAUAUGUAAAUAUGUAUGUAUAUCAUAAGGAUAUCUCUCUCAAGCAGGGCCUAAAUUUUUUGGAAAGUUUGACAAAGUAGAUCACGUGAAUUCAAAUUUACCUCAAUGCCAAGAAUUAUGUUUGGAUAGGAAAAAAAGAAACGUGUUUUGAUCUCAGGCAGAAAAAUAGUUAUAUUACUUUGAGUUGUUUAUAGCUUUAGACUUUACAAAAGCUAGAAUUUAUUCUGUUUAGAAGUGAUUUGGAAAAUUAUGCUUUUGUUUUAAUUAUUGAUUAUUGCACUAUCAUUCAACUAGCCUUAUGGAUUGAAUUAUGUCCAGAAUCACAUUUAUUUAGAUCCUGAACAGUGUUAUAAGAAUCUGAUUGGUAUUUGUUACCUUUAUGUAAAAGACUAGUAUCUGCACACUUUAAAGUUAUUAAUGUGGAUUGGUUUGACCAAUAACCACUGCUUGAUAUUUACAAUUAAAUUUUAUAACCAAUGGAAUUGUUCUUUCAAAUAGGUAAUGUGUUUCUGUAGAGGAACGGGGGAGGGGAGGUCAAUAAUUUCACCAGUUCUUAUCAAAUUGAAUAAAGCAAAAGUCCAUAAAUCAAGAAGCACUCCAAUGGAAAGCUGCCUUUAUCACCUUUCCCAUUUUUUAUUGGAAGUACUGACAGGACUUUUCUUCCUAUGACUUGUUAUGAGGUUCAUUUUAAUUAUUGUUAGUCUCUUACUCAUUUGAGCGUAAAAACACCAGUGACUGAAAGGAUGUUUAUGAGCUAGAACUAUGACCACUUACUGAAGAUUAUAUUAACAUGAGGACAUUCAUAGGCUGAAGAGGAAAGGAUUUAAAGUGAGAAUCAGGCACUCUAGAAUAGAAAUGCUUCAUGCCAGAGGAGUGGUUUGGCAGGUGGUGGUAAAUGUGUAAGGUAAGAAGGUAUAAAACACUGGGGAUUGUGUUGUACCUAAUUGCCCUUAGAGCUUUAAAAAUUUUUUUUUAUAUUAUGGCUAAAGGCAGUAUCUCUGAGGAUACCUAAAUGCUGCCAACACAAUAUAGUUAGAAGGCACUCAACUUUGUCUGAAUUUACAUUCUACUACUUGCUGACUGAGACUGCAAGCCCAUUUCUGUGCCUCCGUUUCCUUGUCUAUAAAUGGGGAUUAAUAAUUCCUACUCCAUAGAGUUGGUGCAAGAGCUCAAUGUGAUGUAUGUAAAGUGCUGAGAGCAGCACCCAACAAAUAUAAGAGCUUAAUAAAUUAUAGUUGCUAUUCUCUUUUGGGUGGAGCUCUUUGUGAAUUCCUUUGUGAAUUUGAUGAAAGACAUGAUAGUCUAUCUCCCCAGAGAAAUAAACACAAGCAUGAAUCAUACAUAAAUAAGAAUCUUGCAUCAAUGGGUCUUGAAAGCCCAUCUAUGGAUCCCAGGUUACAAAAUCUUCCAAAGCUUCUGCUAAGAAAGAAGAGGAUGAAGCAACAGAAAUUAGGUCCAUGAUGCACUAGAAAUAGAUCCUGUUGGCUUAAAGCCUUCUCUGAUUUUCUCAUGUAACAUUGUCUGGAAACUUGUUACCAUUACUUUUGAAAUGUAGUAACUGAAAGUGGUUAAUACAAGCUCCAGAGUCUGACUAUCUGCUUUGAAAUUUCGCUUUGGUCAUUUACUUGUAUGACUUUGAGCAUAACACUAACCUACAAGUAAGAAGUUCAAAAAUAGUAUUCUCCCCGAAUGUAAUUUUUUUUAAUGGUAAGCUCUUCCAGUUUCCAAUCUUAGAAUAACAAUUAUGUUUAUCCCCAAUAGUUGUGCCUAUUUUUUCUUCCUUCAUCCUUGUUAUUAUACUUCAACUCUAGAACUUUUCAUGUCAUGUAUGAAUUAUGAAUCUCCUCCUAACCCAAACAUUCUAUACUCAGUAGCACUCAGAAUUCAUUCUUUUUUUAUUAUUAGUUUUUUGAGAGAGAGAUACUGUGUGUGUGCGUGCAAGGUGGGGUGAGAGGGGAGAAUCUUUGGCUCCACACCCAGCACCCAAUGUGGGGCUCGACCUUGAGACCACACCUGAGCCUAAACCCGGAGUGACGGUUAGCCAAAUGAACUACCUAGGGACCCCAAAAUUUGUCUCUUUAAAUGUUAUUUUCUUUGGGUCACUCUUACUAAAAUCCCAGGUUAUCCAAUUAUAUUCCUAAUCAGAUUUGUAUUUUUCAGAUUGAUAUUCAAGUUCCUUAUUCUCUAGUCAUUUAUUUUCAUCCCUUUAAAUAUAGUAUUUGCUGCAAGCCUUCUAUUUCUAUACAACUUGUUAACUUCUAUUUUAAUGCCUUACAGAUGAAAUAAAUGGCACCAUUUAUUGCUUA